AUGAGAAGACUCAACUGGCCAUUGUUGGUUCUGGAAUGGAGCCACCAGCGAGGGAAUCCAGGCAGCCUCCAGAAUGUGGAAAAGGAGCCCCAGAACUUUCUACUUUUUGACGUGAUGACCAACCACAAUAUCAAGCAGUGCCUCAUCAAGAAGGUACAGGAAGCUGUUCUUGACAAAUGGGUGAAUUACCCUCACUGCAUGGACAAACGCUUGCUGGCCCUUAUUUACCUAGCCCAAGCCUCCAACGUCCUGGAGAAUGCUUUCGCCCCCCUUCUGGACGAGCAGUAUGAUUUAGCCACCAAGAGAGUACGGCAGCUCCUCGACUUAGAUCUGAAAGUGGAGUGUCUGAAGGCCAACACCAACGAGGUCCUGUGGGCGGUGGUGGCAGUGUUCACCAAGUAACUGCUCAGAAUGAGGUGUUCUUCUUUCAGGUAAGCCAGUUGCUUCAAUUCUAUUGACUUCUGAUUUUUUAUAGUUUGUA